GGCGGCAGGAAGGAAGCUGCGGCCGGGGCUGCGUGCUGCUGAGCAUCUGAAGCCCCCAGCAGGCAGAGGCUGCUGGCGUGGAGAGCACAGGUGACCACGCAGAGCUCAUCAGCACAGGUAACCAUGAUGGAGUCCCAGGAUCGCAAAAGAGCACGAGCAUGGACCGAACGGGAGGUACGGGAUCUGCUCGCCAUAUGGGGAGACGAAUCAGUGCUAGCUGAACACCGUAGCAGUAAACGAAAUGGCAAAAUAUUAGAAAAAGUCUCAAAGGCCAUGAAGGACAGAGGCCAUAACAGGGACGCACAGCAGUGCCGCGUGAAAAUUAAGGAGCUAAGACAAGCCUACCACAAAGCCAGAGAGGCAAACGGAAGGUCCGGGACAGAGCCGCAAACAUGCCGCUUCUACACGGAGCUGCAUGCCAUGCUAGGGGGUGCAGCCACCACUACCCCAACCGUGUGCUUUGACUCCAUCAAUGGAGAAUCACGCAACAGGGAACCGGGUUCGGGGUACGAGGAAGAUGAUGAUGAAGACAAUGAAGAUAGCUCCCUGCAAGGAAGCGGAGAAACCGGUUUCCCCAACAACAAGGAUAUGUUUAUCACCCUGGACCUGGAACCAGUAACCCCCGAACUCACCCAAGGCAUGCUCCCAGACCCUGAGGGCACACAAGGGACCUCUGCUGCAAAUGUUUCUCCUUCGCAGAGGCUAGUGAAGAUUAGAAAGAGAAAACGGCAGACUCGGGAUGAUAUGUUCUCAGAGCUCCAGAUGUCCUCCCACGCUGACAGAGCACAGCAGAAUGCGUGGAGGCAGUCAAUGUCAGAGUGCAAAAAAGCACAAUAUGAACGAGAGGAGAGGUGGCGGGCUGAAUCGCGGGCUGAAGAGAGCAAGUGGUGGGCUGAAGAGGAUAGGUGGCGUCAGCUUGCUGACAGAAGGCAAGAGUCAAGGCUCUGGCUGCUGGAGCAUCAAACUGAUAUGCUCCAGCGUAUGGUUGAGCUGCAGGAAAUGCAGCAGGAGCAGAGACCGCCGCUACAGCCCCUGUGUAACCAACACCCUCCUCCCCAAGUUCUAUAGCCUUCUCACCCAGACACCCAAGAACGCGGUGGGGGGGCCUCCGGCCACCCAGCCACUCCACCCCAGAUGAUUGCCCAAGCAUCAGAAGGCUGGCCUUCAAUAAGUGUUAAAGUUUUAAACUGCAGUGUGUCCUUUUCCUUCCCUCCUCCCCCACCCUUCCCAGGAUACCUUGGCAGUUAUCCCCCUAGUUGUGUGAUGAAUUAAUAAAGAAUG